AUGCAGGGAACGCUGAAGCAAACUCGGAGUUGCCGAACGACAGCCUUAGGAGUCCCAUGCACUGGUGCAGCGUCGAGAACAAUUAAUUGCCCAAAUGCUGCGUGCCCAGGAAAUGAAUGCGGCGUUGGGUUCCCUUUGGUCACAAAUUUGGCCACCGAUCGACCCGUCUGUGGUCUUGCAUUGCCACCAGAUCCGAUUCUUCCGCUUCCCGCUUGCCCGGCGACAACGACAACAAAGGCUACAACCAAGGCUACAACAACCAAGGCUACAACAACCAAGGCUACAACAACCAAGGCUACAACAACCAAGGCUACAACAACCAAGGCAACAACAACCAAGAUCACAACCACAACCAAUAAAGCGACUACGACUACCUCUAAAAAAGAUUGUCAGAGUUGCACGGCCACAAGUCCAGCGAUUCAGAAAGUGGGCUCGACCGAUCCCAACGUCUUCUCGGCGACUUUUGCUACACAAAGCGAUUACGACUAUACAACCGGCGUAAUUACGACUUGCGGAGUUUGGAGCUAUGUAUGCACGCCACCUUCAAGCCAAUACAAGGCUCAUCUCAUAUUCACUGCUGCGAACGCAAGCCAAUCUUUCACCGUCGGAGAUGCAUCCGGAUUCGGGGAUCCCGUGCCUGGGGCUAUGGUUUGCAGCGAUGAUGGUACAGCGUUUCUUGCACGAGACACAAUCAAAAUCGUCAAAGUCGAAUGUGUUCCGAUGGGAGAAGCGGCACCCACCGGCACAACUACAACAACUCCGAUAAAAGAUUGCCAGAGUUGCACGGAAACAAGUCCAGCGAUUCAAAUUGUAGGUUCAACCGAUCCCAACGUCUUCUCAGCGACGUUUGCCUCAACAACUGACUACGACUACACAACCUUCGAGUUUACGACGUGCAUGACUUGGAGCUUUAUCUGCGUGCCUCCGUCAGAUGAUUACAAGGCUCAUCUCAUAUUCACUGCUGCGAACGCAAGUCAAUCUUUCACCGUCGGAGAUGCAUCCGGAUUCGGGGAUCCCGUACCUGGGGCCAUGGUUUGCAGUGGGGAUGGUACACAGUUCCUAGCACGAGACACAAUCAGUAUCGUCAAAGUCGAAUGUGUUCCGAUGGGAGAAAUGGCAACCACGACCACAACGACAACGACAACCACUACUACCACCACCACUACUACCCCUCCAAAAGAUUGUCAGAGUUGCACGGCCACAAGCCCAGCGAUUCAGAAAGUGGGUUCGACUGAUCCCAACGUCUUCUCGGCGACUUUUGCUACACAAAGCGAUUACGACUAUACGACCGGCGUAAUUACGACUUGUGGAGUUUGGAGCUAUGUAUGCACGCCACCUUCAAGCCAAUACAAGGCUCAUCUCAUAUUCACUGCUGCGAACGCAAGCCAAUCUUUCACCGUUGGAGAUGCAUCCGGAUUCGGGGAUCCCGUGCCUGGGGCUAUGGUUUGCAGCGCUGACGGUACAGCGUUUCUUGCACGAGACACAAUCAGUAUCGUCAAAGUCGAAUGUGUUCCGAUGGGAGAAAUGGCGACCACAACGACAACGACAACCACUCCUACCACCACCACUACUACCCCUCCAAAAGAUUGUCAGAGUUGCACGGCCACAAGUCCACCGAUUCAGAAAGUGGGUUCAACCGAUCCCAACGUCUUCUCGGCGACUUUUGCUACACAAAGCGAUUACGACUAUACAACCGGCGUAAUUACGACUUGCGGAGUUUGGAGCUAUGUAUGCACGCCACCUUCAAGCCAAUACAAGGCUCAUCUCAUAUUCACUGCUGCGAACGCAAGUCAAUCUUUCACCGUCGGAGAUGCAUCCGGAUUCGGGGAUCCCGUGCCUGGGGCUAUGGUUUGCAGCGAUGAUGGUACAGCGUUUCUUGCACGAGACACAAUCAGUAUCGUCAAAGUCGAAUGUGUUCCGAUGGGAGAAAUGGUAACCACGACCACAACGACAACGACAACGACAACCACUACUACCACCACCACUACUACCCCUCCAAAAGAUUGUCAAAGUUGCACAGCCACAAAUCCAGCGAUCCAGCUUGUGGGUUCAACCGAUCCCAACGUCUUCUCGGCGACGUUUACAUCAACAACUGACUACGACUACACAACUUUCGAGUUUACGACGUGCAUGAUUUGGAGCUUUAUCUGCGUGCCCCCGUCGGAGUACUACAAGGCUCAUCUUAUAUUCACUGCUGCGAACGCAAGCGAAUCUUUCACCGUCGGAAGUGCAUCGGGAUUCGGGGAUCCCGUACCUGGGGCCAUGGUUUGCAGUGGAGAUGGUACACAGUUCCUAGCACGAGACACAAUCAGUAUCGUCAAAGUCGAAUGUGUUCCGAUGGGAGAAGUGAUGCCAGACUGCGUCUGUGAUAGUGCCAUUCCUGGACCCCCAUACACUGAGCUAGCCAUCGGGGUCACUGGAUUAUGCAAGCCUGUGUCGAUUCCCCAAGGUUGCCAAGAUCCGUUUGACCAUGCUGUUAUCAAUAACUAUCAGUUCUACUCAAACAACGGAACGCAACUUUUCGAUUCCGGCAACUAUUGUGCCGGUGAUGCCUAUUCUCAUCUAUACAACAAUUGCGUUUGCGAGACGAUGAGCCCCGGUGGUGGUGUCGGCAACUAUGUGACCUGUGAUGGUGUCUAUGCACCGUACUUACACUGCGUGAAUCUCGGCUCGGAUCCGGUGACAUGUUCGGCCUACACGACCACAGCCGCACCC